AUGAAUUGUUCUGAACCUGAAUUCCUCGAAAUAAGACAAAGAUCAUGUUUUCAAAUUAAUGAUGGAAAUUUCGUUGUGAAGAUCGGGUUAUUAAGUAAUUUAAAUUUUCUAUUAGAUUUCUUGAAACAAAAGCAACAAAAAUUAGCUAUGAAAAAUGAUUCUUUGGAAGCAGAUUCUAUUUAUCCUGGUUUAUCAUAUGAAUUUGUCAACAAGCAUCCGUUAUUAAAAUUUUUUAUUGAUUGGUAUCUAUCAGUUGAUCAAGCUGGUACAUAUUAUGAUGAUAAGUAUGAAUUUUUAAAAGAUUUUAUUAAUACUAUUAUUCAUAAUAUGAUUAAACCAAAUGCUGAUCCAAAAUAUUUACGCGCUAUGCGUUUGGUUAGUGGAUUCUUUGGUUCUAUCCCUAAUUUUCAAAUUCAUGAACAUCCACAAGCUUUUAAAAUGCAAAUAAAAUCACAAUGGCCUUGGUUUUAUUUACGUAAAGAACAACUUUUGUUGUUUCUUCAAGAUGCCACGCAUUUAGUCACUAAAUGGCGAAAUCGUUUAUUAUCCUCGACAGCUGAAUUACGUAUUGGUAGUAAAAAACUUAAUGCACAUAACCUAUUAUUUUUAAUUUCACUUGUAAAACAGAAACAGUUACCACCACAUGCAUUAAAUAUUGGUGUUUUUAACUCACAAGCUUGUGGAUCUAUAUUUAGAAAUACAAGUGCAUUAAGCGGAAUUUACUCAACUGUUGUUAAUUUUACUGUACAUGAUUUUUUACAAAGAGCUCAAAAAUUAUCAUUGCUCAAUGAUAUUAAAUAUAAGCAGUUGCAUGAUUCAUCAGUUGACAAAUUAAUCUUUCCUCUUCACUAUAAGCAUCGAAAUGAGCGGCAAUCGUUAUCCACACAAUGUCAGAAUGAAAUCGAUCAAUUAGAUGUUGAACAAGUCAUAGCCGAUACACAUGAUGAAGCUGUUGAUAUAUUUGAUGACUUAGAAGUAUUAGACUUAUUACAACAACGACAUGUUCUGGAUUUAAAGCCAUUAAGUGAAUAUGUAUUCGGGCACUUAAAUGUAAAUUCUAAGAUGUACAACUGUUCAUCUCAAGUAGAUAUUGUUGACAAUGAAGAGUUUGAAUUAGCUACAGAUGAUGAUGACGAAGUAAUAAACGAUAUCUACAAUGAUGAUUAUAAUUGUGACGAUUCGUGUUCGGAUAAUGAUCAUUCUGAUAAUGAUGAACAAGAUGUUACCACCGAAUUCAUCACUACGACGAAGAAAGACUUUUCUGGAAUAAAAGUCGGUGAUACAAUAAAACCUGUCAUCCAAAAUAGUUAUUUUAAAGUUUCAAUCAACAACCAAACAAAAUAUUUGCACAAACAAUCUGCUUGUUGGUUACUAACAGAUGAAAAAAAUAGAGGGUGA